UUGACAGGGAAGUAAUGUAGCAUAAGUGUCCGGUUCGUUAGGUUUGGCGAGUUUAUGAACUCUUAAAAAUAAUACGUUAGUUUUGACAGCUUUUAUUUGACGUGGACGCUGCGCGCGCCGAGGUCAGAGUUUGCUUUCCGCCACCGGGCUAACGCUAGCUAUUAGCUGUCAUGCAGGAUUAGCUCAGUGUUCAGAACUUUUAUUAUCAUGUAAUUGUUAGUAUUAUUUUUAAUCAUAUCUGCCUCGGUGUUAUCCAGAUAUGCGUUCUGUGAGCUACGUGCACCGAGUUAGUCUGGAUUUCACUGGAACUCUUUUUCCUCACGCCAUCUGUCUGGGAGAUGCUGACAAUGACUCGUUGAAUGAGCUCAUUGUCGGGGACACUAGUGGAAAACUACUUGUGUACAAGUACGAUGAUUCCAAACCCUGGAUCACGAGAGCCUGUGUGGGCAUGCUUACUUGUGUUGGAGUCGGAGACGUCUGCAACAAAGGAAAGAACUUUGUGGUGGCCAUGGGUGCAGAAGGCUGGUUUCACCUGUUUGACUUGACAUCUGCUUCUGGAAACAAAUCCGACUCUUCCAGUCAACAUGAGGCGCUGAGCUCUGAUGACCAGAAGCCGUUCUUCACCCAGCACAUCCCCGCCAACACCAAAGUCAUCCUGAUCAGUGACAUUGAUGGUGAUGGGCGCAGUGAGCUUGUGGUGGGCUACACAGACCGUGUGGUUCGAGCGUUCCGGUGGGAGGAGGCCUCUGAUAGUCUAGACUCGGGAUCUGGACAGCUGGUCUUACUGAAGAAAUGGCUUCUGGAGGGUCAGGUGGACAGUCUGUCUGUGAAUCCGGAUCCAGAGGGUUUACCUGAGCUGAUGGUGUCCCAACCGGGUUGUGGUUAUGCCAUCCUGCUGUGCUCCUGGACACAGCAGGACUCCAGCAGCUCUGGGGAGGACGCCCCAGCCACCCCUGGCAGUGAAGGGCCUUCCCGAGAUGUCGCGCUCCAUCUGACCACUGGGCGGAUCCACAACAAAAAUGUUUCCACUCAUCUUAUUGGCAGCAUAAGCAAAGGCUCAAAAGAGGAAUCUUCUAAAUGUGGCCUGUUUGCUCUUUGCACUUUGGAUGGAACCCUGAAGCUGUUGGACAGCUCGGAGCAGCUUUUGUGGUCUGUCCAGGUGGACCAUCAGCUCUUUGCCCUGCAGAAGCUCGACGUCACUGGCGACGGCAGGGAGGAAGUGGUGGCGUGCGCCUGGGACGGACAAACCUACAUCAUUGACCACAAUCGAACAGUGGUGCGGUUCCAGUUUGAUGAGAACGUUAACGCCUUCUGUGCGGGUCAGUACACAUGUGAGGAGGGUAAGAACAGCCCGUGUCUGGUUUAUGUCGGCUUCAACCACAAAAUCUACAUCUACUGGAAGGUGGCGCUGGAACGCAUGGAGUCCACCAACCUGCUGCGGGUCCUGGACAAAAGACCCGAGUUCAAGAGUCACCUGAAGGUGCUCGGAGUUGAUGCCGAGGACCCCGCAGCCAUGAGGGCGCUGGUGUCCAACGUGUUCUACAAGGACGCAGUGAUGUGAUGACGGCAAGACUGUGUAAAUACUCUGCUAAUAAACAUGGAAUCAUUCUGA